GUCGUCCUACAGCCUAGGCCAGGGUCUGUGGCUGCCAGUCAGUAAGAGCUUUGUGGUGCCACCGGUGGAGCUGUCAAUCAACCCCAUCGCCAGUUGCAAGACUGAUGUGCUGGUGACAGAGGACCCUGGGGAUGUCAGGGAGGAGGCCAUCAUGUCCACCUACUUUGACACAGUAGAUGAUCUCCUGGCGUCUUUCGGCCCGGUCCGAGACUGUUCCAAGGACAACGGGGGCUGCCGGAAAAACUUCAAGUGUGUGUCGGACCGCAGAGUCGACUCAACAGGCUGUAUGUGUCCCGACGGGCUGCGGCCGAUGAAGGACGGCUCGGGUUGCUAUGACUACUCAAAGGGCACGGACUGCACGGACGGCUUCAAUGGGGGCUGUGAGCAGCUGUGUCUCCAACAGCUAGUGCCCCUACCAGACAACCCCAGCUCCAGCAACAUCCUCAUGUUCUGUGGGUGUGUGCAGGAGUACAAGCUGGGAGCAGACGGUCGCUCCUGUCUCCUUCAGACAGAGAACUGUGAGGGGCCAAAGUGCCAGAGGCAGGACAUUCGUUUCAAUGACACCCUGUUUGGGGAGAUGCUGCACGGCUACAACAACAAGAGCCAGCAAGUCAACCUGGGACAGGUCUUCCAGAUGACCUUCCGGGACAACAACUUCAUCAAAGACUUCCCCCAGCUAGCAGAUGGACUGAUGGUUAUCCCAUUGCCUGUGGAGGAGCAGUGUAGAGGAGUGCUGUCUGAGCCACUGUCCAAUGUACAGCUCCUCACAGGUGAUGCUAAGUUCAAUGAGGCUAUGGGCUACCCCAUGGUUCAGCAGUGGAGAGUGAGGAGCAACCUGUACAAAGUCAAGCUCAGCGCCAUCACCUUGUCUACAGGCUUCUCCAAGGUUCUGAAGACACUGACUGCAGAGAGCACCAGAGAGGAGCUGCUGUCCUUCAUCCAGCAGUACGGCAGCCAUUACGUAUCCGAGGCCCUUUACGGCUCCGAGCUCAGCUGCACCAUCUACUUCCCCAGCAAGAAGGCUCAACAGCAGCUCUGGCUGCAGUACCAGAAAGAGGUGACAGACCAGGGCAGCAGGCGCGAGCUCAAAUCCAUGCCCUUCAUCAGCUACCUGUCUGGGCUGCUGAAAACCCAGCUACUGACGGAGGACCUGGUGAGCGGUGUGGAGAUCCGCUGUGAGGAGAAGGGCAGCUGCCCCUCGGCCUGCCACCUGUGCCAUCAGGCAGGCCGCGAGCAGCCCUUGCCCAUCCCCGUCCUGCUGGAGGUCAGCCGCAUCGUGCCCCUUUACAGCCUGGUGCAGGACAACGUCACCAAGGAGGCCUUCAAGAGCGCCACGAUGAGCUCAUACUGGUGUGCAGGCAAGGGAGAUGUCAUCGACAACUGGUGUCGCUGUGACCUGAGUGCCUUCAGCAAAGACGGCCUUCCCAACUGCAGUCCCCUGAGGCAGCCUGUGCUCAGACUGGCCCCUCACCUAGAGCCCUCCAGCACCAUGGUGGCCCUGGAGUGGCUGGAUGUGGAGCCCCUGAUUGGCUACAAGGUGUCUGAUUACAUCAUCCAGCAUAAGCGGGUGGAGGACCCCUCGGAGGCAGAGAUCUACACAGUUUCGUACUCCCAGAUAGAGCGCAUUUACUCGGCACUACGUCUGGGCAACCCUCGGGUAAGUUUUAAAGUCCUGGUGGACGACCUGCUGUCAGGUCUUGGUUCGUCCUGUGUGGUGGCGGGUCGAAGGAACGGAGACCAUCCUCACUCUGUGCUCUACUCGCUGGUCUUCAAGUGCCUGGAGCCCGACAGCCUCUACAAGUUCACUCUAUAUGCUGUGGACAGUCGAGGGAGUCGUUCAGAGUCUAGCUUCGUCUCAGUGCGGACGUCUUGUCCCAUGGUAGACGAUAGCAGAGCAGAAGAGAUAGCAGACAAGGUGUAUAACCUGUACAACGGCUACACCAGCGGCAAGGAGCAGCAGACGGCCUACAACACUCUGAUGGAGAUUCCCCCUCCGCUGCUUUACAGGGUGCAGCACCACUACAACUCCCACUACGAGAAGUUUGGAGACUUCGUCUGGCGGAGCGAAGAUGAGCUGGGACCCAGGAAAGCCCACCUGAUCCUGCGCAGAGUGGAGAGGAUCAGCCGGUACUGCCGGGCCCUGCUCCACAGCGCCUACAUCCAGAGCCGCACAGACACUAUGGCCUACGUGUUCUGUCGCAGCGAGGAGGUUCGGCCCACCAGCAAAGUGUGGCAUGGCUCCCUGCAUGAGACCCGCACCACCUGCAUGGAGAAACUAAUCUCAGUACAGCGCAGCACAUACGGCAACGCCAAGCUCCGAUGAGACAAGCUGCCCGACGACACAAUGACAGCCGCCUCCUCCUCGCUUUUGGUCUCUCCACUGACUGGUAUUUUUCCAAACCAGGAGAGCCCUGAAACCUCAACCCCACUGGACAUUGUUAGAACUACUGUCAAACACCCUCAACUCCUUUUUUGAAAAAAGUGCUAAGAACUGCUUGAAGAGGAAAGACGGUUUGGAUGUACAUGCCAGUGACUACUACUAUCAAUGAGAAGGAGCGAUGUGAGCAUGUAAAUUAUCAUUCAACCCAGAGCAAAUUGGUUGGCAAAAAAAUAUUGAAUGUAAUAUUGCAGUUUCUCAUGGUACUUCGACUGGAAGCGUACCAGGGAAACAAACAAACAAACAACUCCCUGUAUGUCUCUCCUCUUGGCUGGAGAGAUGGGAAAGAGAGCGUUUAGAUUUGUAUUAUCAUUUACAUUUGAUUUGAUUCAUUUGUAAAACUUAAACAUAUCACCACUACAAUAAUGUAGUCUUUUUAAUGCAGACAACAUAGUGUUUAUAAUAAAGGCUACAGAGAAAUCCUGUGUGACGGAUUGUGAUGUCAUCAGCUGUACCGUACGGUGUGUGAGUAACGCUUUGCAGCUAGAAAAGUCCUCAACCAGCAGUGUUUAAUUUUUUGUUUGUUUGUUUAUUGUUGUUUAUCUCCUCAGAUGUUGACAAAGGUGGAGAGCUCCUAAACCGCAGGGAAAAUCCAUAUUUAAAAAAUAGUCCAUUAAUAUGGUCAACUGGUGAAUAUAGGUAAAGAAAAAAGAAAAAGAAAACAUUUUCAUAGGAAAAUAUUCCAAAUGAUUUCAAGAUUUUAUGCUAAAUGUAUGGAUUGCAGAGUGAUGGCAGGUGAAUGCCAAUGAAUAAUGAAACUCUAUAAAGGAAUCAUGUUUAAUCGUAUGGAUCUUGUAGGAUCCCUUCCCUCAAGGAAACAUUUACUUGACUUUCCAUCUCUCAAGAGCCAUGGACAUAAAAAUCCAACUCAUAUUUUUUUUUAUUGAUUAUCAUUUCACAUUAUAUCAAUUGUGAUAGUAAAUUAUUAUAUUGUAAAUAUGAAAUUGUAAAUAACAUAUGUAUUAUUAUGUGGCUUUAAUUGUCUUUUUUCGAGAGAAUGUGAAAUAUUAAAUACUAUA